AUGCUCGAAGUCGAGUCACCAGAAACACGCGCCACGACCUCUCCAACGGCAGAAACCGCAGUUGAACUGAACGUGCAGCAAAAGCUGGCGUAUCUGCAUUGUUACUACUCUGCAACCGAAGGCCUCAUCGACAUCUUCGACCCGAGUGAACGCCAGCAGCUCUAUCACCUAGCUCAGAGCCAGUCGUCAACAAACGCAUGCGACGACCGUCCCUCAACACCGCCCAACAUCCUUCCCGAUCCCAUCCGGGAAAUGGUGAUAGCGAUAGGCGCGCAGUGCAGCAGUGCGUCCGAGGCGCAAACCAUCGGCCGGAGCUGCUUCCGACGGGCCCAGCGCCAAGCAUUCGCUGAGCUCCUCGAGGACCCCGACCUUCACAUGGUCCGACUCUUCCUCCUGAUGGCCUUCUACAUGCUGGGCGAGUGCCGCAGGAACACGGCCUACAUGUACCUCUCCAUCGCCGCCCGCGCAGCCCUCGCUCUCGGCCUUCACAGUCCCAGCUCCUUCAUGGGCAAACCGGACCAGAAGGGCCAACUCCGAUUACGAGUCUGGAUCAGCGUCCGCAUCCUCGACAAGCUCGUCAACUCCCUCCUCGGCCGCCCCGCCGCCACAGCCGGCGUCCAGACCGACAUCCGCGCCGCCCUCGACCAACUACCCCCCCACCCCGACGACUACGCAACCCAGUGCCUCACCGCGACCUGCGAGAUCGUUGACAUCAUCAACGAGAUCAACAACACCCUCUACCACGACAAGGACGUCUCCGCCACCAUCGUCGAGCACCUCCUCCUCAAGAUCGACGCCUGGAAGCGCGGCCUGCCCCCGUCCCUCAAGGGCUCCCUCCACCACCACCACCAGCCGUCCGAGAACGCGUCAGACUCCUCCUCGUCAACCCAGCGCGUCGCCAUCGCAAAGAUCCACGUCUCCUGCUUAUACUACUUCGCCGUAACCCUCGCCACCCGCCCGAUCUUCAUCUCCUCCCUGAACAGCAACCGCCCCGACGCAAAGAUCCACCACCCGCCUCUCGCCGCGGCCUGCAUCGACGCCGCCGUGUAUCUCGCCCAGACGUGCGCCGAUGCGCUCAAGGCGGGGUUAUUGCAGCGGAGCAUGUGUAUCAUGAAAGCCCUCGUCUUCGCAGCAGGCCUCGUCCUCGGCGUCGAAAACUUCGCCAAGUCCGCCAUCGACAUCGAGACCGACCGCGCCUUCCAGGGCGCCAUCGACGUCCUCGCCUUCCUCGCCGCCCAGAGCCACCAGGCCGCGCACUACCUCGAGAUCCUCACCUCCCUCUCCAACGCCAUCUCCGAGCGGCGCGCCAAGCCCGCACCCGUCGGCGGCAGCCGCUACGUCUCCAAGCUCUUCAGCCUCGACCCGCCGUGUUCCGUCAGCAGCGGCAGCAACAUGUUUUCUCAGAGGCACCAGGGCGAGGAUGAGACCGGCUUCUGGCCGCUGAUACGGUUCGAGCAGGGCGUGGUCGGCGAGGGCGGUACGAGCGGUGGUGGGCUGGGCGCGGGGGACCCGGGUAGCUGGCCCGAGGUCCAGCUUGACGAUGAUGAUUUGAGUAUCGACUGGGAGAGUCUGAAUAUCUUUCAGUGGGAUAGCUUUCCGUUCAACGCGUGA